AGAGGGGAGCCCCCGGGACCCCCGGGACCCCCAGCAGCCCAGAGAAGGGGGAUCCCCAGAAUGGCAAAGUGAGGAGCCCAUAAAGGAAGGACCCCUGGGAUUCCCGGGAUCUCCGGCAGCCCAGAGAGGGCGGGAACCCUGGAGAGGGGGUUCCCCAAUACAUGUGAGACCUCCAGCAGCCCACACAGCAGGGACCCCAGAACCCCAAAGUGGAUGGACCAGCGAGGGGGAACUCCACUGCUGAGAGGGUUGUUUUGGGCUGAAUCUUGGUGGUUUGGAGGUUUUCUUGGCCAGAAGCCGCCCAGUAACAUCUAGAGAUGGCCUUGGGCAGGAGGAACCCACAAGCCAAUGCACUCACACUUUGUUUUUCCCCACACAGCAGGAUUUCUCCUUCCCAAACCUUGGCCAGAUGGAGGAGGAGGCUGCGAGGAAGAGGAAGAUGCCCCAGGACCCCCAGGCAGGCCCCGAGCUGAGGACGGAGAGCCCGGAGGACAAAUCCCCCCGGCAGAGCCUGGUGGGAGAGGCAGUUUUGAAGGGCUCCACGGCGCAGGAAGGCAGCGGGGAGGGAAAGCCACGAAGGUACCCCAGGAGGAGGGUCUCCAAAGCCAGCCCAGGGUGCUCUGAGGAGGAAAGACCCACCCUGUGCCGGGAAGGCGACGAGGGCUUGAGCCAGAGCCCUGACCUGGAUGUCCAUGAGCAGCCUCACACCAGGAAAAAGCCCUCCAAGUGCUUGGACUGUUGGAAGAGCUUCAGCCAGAGCUCCCACCUGAUCUGCCACCAGCGCACCCACAGCGGGGAAUGGCCCUACAUGUGUGGGGAAUGUGGGAAGAGCUUCAUCUGCAGCUCCAACCUGAUCUGCCACCAGCGCACCCACACUGGAGAACGGCCCUACAAGAGCUUGGAAUGCAAGAAGAGGUUUCAGACCAGCGGGAAUCUCCUCCUGCAUGAAAGGACACACACAGGGGAGAGGCCCUUCCUCUGCACCCACUGUGGGAAGGGCUUCAUCCAGAACUCCCACCUCGUCAGGCACCGGCACAUCCACAGCGGGGAGAGGCCCUACAAGUGUGGGGAGUGUGGGAAGAGCUUCAGCCAGAGCUCUGCCUUGACCUCACACCAACGGACCCACCAGUAAGGGAAGCCCUAAAGGUGCCUCGACUGUGGGAAGAGCUUUGUCUGCUGCUCCAACUCCAUCACCCACUGGAGGAGUGAUGUCUUCCCACAUUGGGAAGACACCUGGCUGGUGGUCUCCACAUCCUCCUGGUUCCCCACAGGCACCUGGGUGAACACAGUGGGAGAAACAUCCAUGGGGUCACAAACUGACCUGGGAAAUUCAGUGGGAAGAGCUGAUUUGUUGAAUUUAAAACAAAGACAUUCAACAAAGACAUCUAAAGCCCCACCAUUUUACUGGCAUUUGGGGUCAUUUGGAGAUCCAGGGGAAUAUUUGGGAGGAUUUGGAGUUUCUGGUGGGAUGUGGGGGAGAUUACCCC